UUUCUAACGCAUUUGAUACGGUCGACUACUCUGUUGUCAUACGUAAGCUACAUGCGAUUGGAUUGUCCAACGCAGCUCUUCUGUGGUUCUUGAGCUACUUGAUUAACUGUCAAGAGUUUGUACAAGUCAAUGACAAGCCAUCUAGUCUUGCAGAUGUCCUAUUUGGAGUUCCACAGGGCUCAAUUCUUGGGCCCGUUCUUUUCAACCUUUAUGCAAAAGACAUGCAAGAUUGCUUACAAGAUGGCUCUUCUUGCUUUCAGUACGCUGACGACACUACGGUGCUGCAUCACGCCACUCACAAAGACUUCGUUGUCUUUGUAGACAAGAUGAAAAAACACUUAGGCAGCAUCGAGUGGUGGGCUGCUGAUAGUAACCUUCUAAUGAAUGAGACCAAGACCAAGCAGAUGGAUAUUACCCCCAAGCAAAUGUCUAAAGUGCAUAAUCUUCCCAGAUACACUCCACCUAUCACCUUUAAAGACAAGACAGUUGAUAGACUAGAGAAAAUUAAGUUAUUAGGAACUUGGCUUAGUGAGGACCUUGAAUGGACAGAACAUGUAAAAGAGGUCACAUCAUCACGCUAUAACGUGCUUUUCACUCUGAGAAAGGUCAAGAAUAUGACACCACAAGAGACUAAGAAGGCUCUUGUUCAAAGCGUCGUCCUAUUCAAACUUAACUUUAAUGACUCCGUCCCUUAUCCACUUCCCGCAUUUUUUGAAGAAAAGAGUACAACGGGUUCAGAAUGCUGCUGCUGGUUUUGUCUUGAAUCAUUUCUGCUCAGAAAGGGACGUCCUUGAGCUCGGCUGGCUACCUACACUAGAAAAUACGCAAUUAAAUAUUCUUAAGCUCGGACAUCGAGCUCUUUUUAGUGAAGUUUGGCCCGAAUACUUGCAACUG